AUGGGCGUGGCUUGUGACCUUUUAGGCGGGGUUGUUUGUUACGCGGUGGGCGGGGUCACAUCUUAGGACGCCGGCGGCAGAGUGAUUGGCAGCUGAGCCGCUUAAACCUCCAAGGGAGCAGCUGUCAGAAACGGGCCGGUCUGUAUUUAAAACAGUAAACCUCCUCAAUCACCGCAGCAAAUCGUGGGAUUUAUUCACUUUUUCAGACUGAGGCGGAUGCUUUUGAAGGAACAGUAACAGUUUCAAGACUGUGCUGAGCAGCCAAGGUCGACAGGAAUCACACUAGCUCAUCCAUGACGUCCCAGCAGCAGCACAGAGGCCACCGGCUGCCUGCAGGGCCCAUGGGGAGAGCCUGAUCCCGGGUCAGCGAGCCAGCUAAUGCGUCCUGGUGCCGCCACGCCACACGCUGAGCUGGGGCGCUGUAGCCCCCUGACGGCCAGGAGACAUGAUGGCCUCGGUGAUGGUCGGGGGAAACCGCAAGAAGUCGUUGACGUUGAGAGGAGUGGACCCAGAAACCUGCAUGAUCGUGUUUAAGAACCACUGGGCCCAGGUGGUGAAGAUCCUGGAGAAACACGAGCCGGGUCGCAGCAGCUCCAGUGCUCUGAGCUUCCUGUCCGCUCACGUCAGCAGCAGCAGCAGCUCGGCAGCCCUACGGCCCGGGCCCAUCCCAGCGGACGAGGCCAGCGCCGUGCAGAACUACGUGGAGCACAUGCUGUUCCUGCUGAUGGAGGAGGAGGCAGGUCAAGGGGGAGCGAUGGGUCCUAUUCUGGAGUUUGUGGUUCUGGAGGGCGUGAUGGAGAGGCUGUUUCUGUGGAGCCUGAGGAGACAGUUCACUGAGGACAUGAAGCUGGAGCAGCUCAGGAUGUACCAGAUGCUUCUGUCUCAGGCCAAGCAGCCUCUCCUGCAUCAUAAACCUGUUCUCCGGCCGCUCAUGAUGCUGUUGGCCUCCUGCGCUGGAGCUGGAACCGGCGCUGGCGGGGUGGUGGAGGCGGAGCUGGUCCUGCUGCUCAACCAGCUCUGUGUGGCUCUGGUCAAAGACCCGUCGGUGCUGGAGCUGUUCUUCCACACGAGUGAAGACCAGGGAGCGGCCAACUUCCUGCUGUUCUCCCUGCUCAUCCCGUUCACCCACAGACAGGGCUCGGUGGGUCAACAGGCCAGAGACGCUCUCCUGCUCAUCAUGUCCCUGUCGGCCUCUGAGCCUCGAGUUGCUCAUCACAUCGCAGAGAACACAUACUUCUGUCCCGUGUUGGCCACAGGCCUGUCCGGUUUGUACUCGUCUCUUCCAGCCAGGCUGCAGGUUUACAGCGAGGAAUGGCACUGUCUGGACCAGGCCGACUGGCAGCAGGUUCCAGCUCUGGUCCACUUCCUGCACUCGCUGGAGUUCUGUGGUGCUGUGACCAAGGUUGCUCACCCGUCCAUUCGGUGUCAGCUGUUAGGUUACAUCUACAACGGCUUCCUGGUGCCGGUCGUGGCUCCUGCUCUGCACAAGCUGACGUUGGAGGAGGUGAUGACCACCACCGCCUACCUGGACCUGUUCCUCCGCUCCGUCUCCGAGCCUGCUCUGCUGCAGACCUUCCUUUCGUUCAUCCUGCUGCACACGCACGACAACGUGCACAUCCUGGACACGCUGGUCAGCAGAGUCAACACACCCUUCCAGCUGGGAACAGUGUCGCUGGCUUUGUUCAGGACUCUGAUCGGGCUCUUCUGUGAAGACGUGAUGCUGCAGCUGGUCUUCAGGUACUUGAUUUCCUGCAGUCACCUGAGCAGGAAGCAGCGCUUGUCCUUAAAGCAGAGGGACUGCUCCUCCUCCGGCGCUGCCUCCUUCCUGCUCCUCAUGCCGUCCUGGUGCCCCGUGUACCUCCACAACAUCAACUCACACUCUGAGCACAUCCAGUGGCCCAGAGCUGAUUUGUCCAUAUCAGACAGCGUAGGUUACUGUCAAGCUUCAGACUUCCUCAUGGAUGUGAACUACCUUCACUACCUCUGGGAUGCACGUCAGGCCAUUUGCAACUCCUGCAGGGCCUGUCGGCGCUGGUCGGCUCCGUAUGACGGGAUCGAUCCUCCAUCUGAUGAAUACCGAUCGGACACGCCGGGGGACGACUUUGAAGACGAGGAGGAACUGGUGCAGCGGGGGAAGAGUGACUCUAUCUGCUCUCUGCUCACCUCCCCUCCCCCCUUGGCCCUGUCCCCAACCCCAUCCUCCACAGACACCUGCUCCACAGGCCACCAGGCUGGACGGAUAAGCUCCGCCAUGGAGCUGGAGUGGGACGACAUCUUUGCGGAUGAAGACGCAUCUUUGCCAGGAGUUACAAGCACAGCCCUGGCAAAUGGAGGUGUUCCUUCCUCUUUACCCCCUCGACACAUCCAAGAGAUGAGACGCACUGCAACUAAGCUGGUGCAUGGAUCGUAUGUGGAGGAAUCAGAGUUUCAGGACGACGUUCUGGUCUACGAUCUAAUCGCUAAGAAAGACUCGAAGGCUGCCAUUUUGGAUAGAAUGAUGUCAGCGAAUGGACGGAGCCGAGGGACUUUCACAAAUGAUCGAAUGUCCACAACAACAUUAACAGGUCGGACUGUGAUAGAGACAGUUAAUAGCAUUAUGUCAAAAAGGAGGAGAAGCGAGGAUGGAGGGAAAGAAGAAAGAAGGAGGAGUGAGGAUCUUGUGAAGGAAGUGAUAAUAAGGAGCGAGAACUGUGGAAAGGAGGAUUCGGAAGAUGAGAAAACCACGGCACGUCCUUUUCUCAUCAACGGAUUUGACAUGAAGAAGUAUAUCAUCGACGAAUGUGAGGAUGGUGUUGAAGACGAUGAGCCAAACCAUGACUUUGAAGCACAUAGUGACAGUAUUUCUCCAACGCAACAGCCAACGCCUGCGAAUGAAAACACACCACAUUCCUUAAAUGCUUCUUGCAGAGCUCACUCUGAGACGUGUGACAUCUCUGAGCCUCCAACCAUCACUGAAUCUCCAAAACUGCCCCAGAUCAAAGUCACCAACUCCACUGACUUCCUGUCCCAGUACCAUGAACUCAUGUCGUCUGUGGGGGUGGAUCCAGACUGUGACAACUUCCUCGAUGACGUCAGUGCGUUCAGGAGGCGAGUCAGAGUUCUGAGGCAACAACUAGAGACUGAACAGGUGGAGCCGGACCAAGAGUCUACGUGGGUCAAUGGAGACGAGGAGGUGGUGAUGGAGGAGGAAGAGGAGGACGAGUUGGAAGAAGAGAGGAGCAGCUGUGAGGGAGGGCUUCCGUUUACAGGUCCCUUCAUCAGUGUCCUCCUAUCGCGGCUCGAGAACCUUCUGGAGAACUCAAUUGCCGCAAACCUGCUUAUCACAGGCAUCCUGGCUCAGCUGGCGUCGUACCCGCAGCCUCUGCUGAGAUCCUUCCUGCUCAACACAGACACAACCCAGCUCCAGCCCAACGUGCGCACGCUGUAUCAGGUGCUGGUGUCCGUUCACUCGCAGAUCGAGAGCUACGUGGCAGCCAGACCGGACUAUCCUGCCCUCAUCACCCAGGCCUGGAGGUUCCUACUGGCCAAAGACCAGGACAGCAAGUUCAGAGAGUGCCUCCAGUCGCAGGGCGGCGGCACCAUUCUGGACGCGUCCCGUCCGAACGGCUCCAUCAGAACCGCUCUGGCGCUGCCUCCGUUUAGCGUCUUGCCGUCCUGCCCUCCCAUUCCCCCACAGGCCAAGAGCCGAGUGUUCGCCAUCGUCCUGUUCGCUGAGUUCCUCAAGGAGCUGGCCGCCAUCGCCCAGGAGCACAGCAUCACUCUGGACUGUGGCGUGGAGGAGUAGGAGCAGCAGGUGUGAUGUUUAGAGGCCCAAACCAUGUCUGUAAACUAUUUAAAUUGAAACUAAACUGUGUAAAUAUGAUCCUGGCAGUACUUGAAAUGUUCUUAUUUUCCCAGUGUGACUUUGAAAGGUGUUUAUGUUUGAAUUACUGUAUAUUUUUGGGAUCAGAACAAAAAUACAUUUCUACACUGUUUUUGAACAUUUUGCACAUAAUUAAUUUCAGUUUCUAUAAAUGUUCAGGACGCGUGAAUGAGCCUGUCUCAUCUGUGCUACAUGUGUUUAAGGCAGAUGUCAGAUGUAACAUAUUUAUAUUUUCAAAAAGCAGCAGAAAAUGUCUGUUCCUUGCUUUAUUGUUGAUGGAAUACUACUGCCAUAAUGUUUGUUGUUAUUAGUACUUUUCCAAUUUUGAAUGGUUUUAAAACUAAGAAGAAAAGUAGAAAGUAGCUGCUGCUCAUGAGUCUGAACACAAUAAUGACUUUAUAGCAGGUUGAUUUAACGGAGGCCUUUAAAGUAACUGAACAUGAAUCUGCAUCCCAUCAUGACCUGCUCCAUCUGCGGUUGCUUUACUUACACUACUGCAUCCGUUAAUGCUCGGUAACUUUUUGUACCAGACUGAAAUUUUAUUUCGUAAAAAAAAAAAAAAAAGAA